UUUUAUGAAAAGGAUGUUUUGUUUUUAUUUCCUAAAUUUAAUAAUUUUUCUUAACAACAUAAACUUCAUUUAUUCCGAUAAAGGAAUAGAUAUUAGCUCUCCAGCUAAUUUAGAACAAACAAAAUGUUUUAAGAAAAAUGGAUAUAAAUCUAUUUAUAUUCGUGUAUGGCAAUCAAAUAAUAAAUUUGAUAGUAAUUCUGUUAAUACAAUUAAAAAUGCUCGUACAGCAGGGAUUGAUAAUGUUGAUUGUUAUGUAUUCCCUUGUGCUAAAUGCAAGGAUACUAAUCCAAAAAAUAUUAUUGAAACAAUCCUCAAAAAUUUAAAAGCAAAAAAUGUUAAAUGUGAUCGAAUUUGGGUAGAUGUUGAAGGUCCGCAAUAUUGGAAAACAAAUAAACAACAAAAUGUUGAUUUUAUUCAGGGAAUGGUUAAUGAACUUAAAGCAAACAAACAAAAAAUAGGAAUUUACACUUCAAAUGCCCAAUGGCAACCCAUUACUGGAGGUUCUACAAAAUUUAAUGAUUUUCCUCUUUGGUAUCCACAUUAUGAUAAUAAGGCUAAUUUUGUUGAUUUUAAACCUUUUGGAGGGUGGAAAAAGCCGUUAAUUAAACAAUAUGAUGAUAAUAAAAAAGUUUGUAAUGUUAAUGCCGAUUUAAAUUUUUUUUGA